ACAGAAACAACAAUGGCGAACUUAGUGAGCAGUAGCAUAGGCUCAAGAUGGUCUCUCAAGGGAACCACUGCUCUAGUUACCGGUGGAACUCGUGGAAUCGGUCAUGCUGUUGUUGAGGAACUUGCUGAGUUUGGUGCCACAGUGUACACUUGUUCUAGGAACCAAAAAGAGCUUAAUAAAUGCAUAAAUGAAUGGAAAGGUAAGGGUUUUUCGGUUUAUGGAUCCACCUGUGAUGCGUCUUCUUCUUUUCAAAGAGACGAGCUUAUUCGACAAGUGGCUUCUACCUUCAACGGCAAGCUCAACAUACUUGUAAACAAUGCUGGUACAAAUGUGAGGAAGCCUACAAUUGAGUUCACAGCAGAAGAUUAUUCAAAAGUGAUGACUACUAACUUGGAUUCGGCAUUCCAUCUAUGCCAACUCGCAUAUCCUCUUCUUAAAGAAUCUGGUAACGGAAGCAUUGUGUUCAUGUCCUCGGUUGCAUCUCUCACAAGCGUAGGUUCUGCAUCCGUUUAUGCCGUUAGUAAAGCUGCAAUCAAUCAGUUGACAAAAAACCUUGCUUGUGAAUGGGCAAAAGACAAUAUAAGGAGCAACUGUGUUGCGCCGUGGUAUACAAAAACUUCACUUGUGAAAAAUUUUAUCACCAACGAAGAGUUUGUGAAUGAAAUACUCUCUCGAACACCGAUAAAGCGGAUAGCAGAAACACAUGAAGUGUCUUCCUUGGUGACAUUCCUUUGCCUGCCUGCAGCUUCCUACAUCACUGGACAGACUGUUCCUGUGGAUGGAGGAUUUACUGUGAAUGGAUUUCAACCCAACAUUAUUAUAACUUAA